AUGAUAACAAUCGAAAAACGACAGGCUUGCGUCGUUCCACGUCCUAUAGGUUGGAUAUCUACAAUAUCAUCUACGAACGUCAAUACCGACAACCAAAAUGACAAUGACAACGACAAUACCAACGGCAACAACAACAGACCCAUGGCCAAUCUGGCCCCAUACUCACAGUUCAACAAUUUGACAUUCGACCCCCCGUACGUCAUGUUCUCGGCGAACCAGAACCCUCGGUCGGCCCAAAAGGACACGGUCCGCAACGCCGAGGCUACCGGGGUGUUUUGUUGGCAACUCGCCACCUACCCUCUGCGGGAGGCCGUCAACAAGUCGGCAGAGUACCUCCCUUACGGAGUGGACGAGUUCGAGAGGGCCGGCCUGACCAAGACGUGGUCCCGCGUCCUCAAGACCCCGGUACCCAUGGUCGCGGACUCCCCCGUGAGGUUCGAGUGCGAGUACUACACCACCCUGAGGCUCCCAGGGAACCCUCCCAUGGGGACCGUCGACGUCGUCAUAGGGAAAGUCGUCGGCAUCCACAUCGACGAGCGCGUGUUGACCGACGGCAGGAUCGACAUCAACAAGACCCAACCCAUCGCGAGGUGCGGCUACUACGAAUACAUCAUGGCGUCGGAUCCCUUCAGUAUGAUCAUCCCCGGGGAUCCCGCCACUCUCUAUGGGCUGGAAGGGAGCGUCAAGCACCACAAGGAGCAUCGGGAGCGAGAGGCUGCCAACAAGCUGGGAGUAGAUCAGUCUGGGCCUCCUUGA